CAACAAGCGGUCAUUGUCUGACUGAAACAAUCACGAGCGUGAACUAAACAGCCACCCUGUACAAAGGGCAGCUGGUGUUUCCUCAUUCCAUGUGCUCACUACUGAAAAGACAAAGACUGGAGCAGAGAUCUGCAGCUUCCCCAGCCGCCUUCUCACUGCUAUAUUCUAUAUAUACACUGCCACAAAAUGCCUGAAAUGUUGAUGGAAAUAGAGGAGGCAAAUGUUGUUUUCCCUAAUCGAAGGGCACUGAUAACUGGAGCAACUGGUCUAUUGGGCCGUGCCAUGUACAGAGAAUUCAAGGACAACAACUGGCAUGUUGUGGGAUGUGGAUAUAGCCGGGCGCGGCCUCGCUUUCAGUAUCUUAAUUUACUAGAUACAUCUGCUGUGAAAGAGUUUAUCUGCGAAUUCAAGCCACAUGUGAUUGUUCAUUGUGCAGCAGAAAGAAGACCAGAUAUUGUUGAGAACCAACCUGAGUCUGCCACCAGGCUGAAUGUGGAGGCAUCUGCAAAUCUUGCCAAAAUAGCAGCUGCAUCUGGAGCGUUCCUGAUCUACAUUAGUUCAGACUAUGUCUUUGAUGGAUCAAAUCCCCCUUACAGAGAGGAUUCUGUGCCAAAUCCCCUGAACCUGUAUGGUAAAACCAAACUAGAAGGAGAGCGAGUAAUCCUGCAGAACAGCGAUAAUGCUGCUGUGCUCAGAGUUCCUGUGUUAUAUGGGGAUGUAGAGAAAUUAGAGGAAAGUGCAGUUACAAUUAUGUUUGACAAGGUACAGUUCAGCAACAAAUCUGCAAAUAUGGACCACUGGCAACAGAGAUUUCCCACCUAUGUCAAGGAUGUAGCAAGUGUCUGCUUCCAGAUAGCUGAGAAAAAAAUGCAGGAACCUUCUCUGAUAAAGGGAAUUUAUCAAUGGUCAGGGAAUGAACAAAUGACAAAGUAUGAAAUGGCUUGUGCUAUGGCUGAUGCUUUCAAUCUUCCCAGCAGUCAUCUGAGACCAAUUACAGAUGAACCCGUUGGCCCAACUUCUCGACCAUGGAACCCACAGCUUGAUUGCUCCAAACUAGAGGGGCUUGGCAUUGGACAGAGGACACCAUUUAGAGUUGGCAUUAGAGAAUCAUUGUGGCCAUUUUUAGUGGAGAAAAAAACACGGCAAACUGUCUUCCAUUAGUUUUUUUUUUUUAGUGUUUUUUUUUCUGUAUGUUCAACUGAUUUCUAUGUUUGUUUAUUUUUGCUCUUUUAUUAAAAGAAAUUUAGUUUUGUAUCUGUGUUAUAAAAAGAGAUAUAUACAAUCUGAACAAAGUUGUCAGUGGCAGAAUGCUAAGCGUUUUGAAAGAUAUAUAUAUAGAUAUAUAUAUAUAUAUAUAUAAUACAUUUUUUUUUUUUUUUGCCAUACAAAGAACAUAAAAUAAAUUGGUUAAGUCAGAGGUCUGGUUAAAGUUAAAGUUUGAUCAAAUUACUUUUUUCAAAUUAUCGGUUUGGGUUUUAGGCUUUGAGCAGCAUGGAAGUGAAAUUGAUAUGUGCCAGUUGAGAGUUGUAGUCUGCUGCCAAUUGGAAUAGUGCCACUUAUCCUUGUAUUAUUGGCAGAAAGGUGCUUAGAUUCAGCAUCCGAAGUUCAGCUUUUGGCAGAGCUUAAGCACAUGUGUUAAUCUACAUAAAAAUAAAAUGCGUACAGUAAUUCAAAGCACUGCUAUAUAUUUACUGUUAAUUAAAAGUUGAUUUUUAAGGUACUCUGUCAGGCCCAUUUUGAGCUAGAUUUUGCACAGUAAAGGGAAUGCAUACACAGGUGCUGUCAUGCUGCAUUUGUGUAAUGCUGCCAGUGGUUGCUUUAACCCCUACAAGAGCACAGCUGGUGAUGUGUACAGACAUCAUAGCCAUCACUGAACAGAUUGCAACAGGACAUAUCUUGUGGUCUUCAUUUGCUGCCAGUUGCCCAUGUAGAAUAAUGAUUGCACUAUUGUUGGCAUUUAAGCUUUUUUCAAGCUAUGAAUGCUUGCCCCUCAAAGAUCUGUGUAUACACAUGCAAAAGCUGCACUGAUCUAAAACGUCUUUAGAACAGCUUUAAAAAAAACAAGAAAUUAUAUUUCCAAAAAAAUAUACGAGGGGCCCCAUUACAUUUUAUUGCGUAAAUAUUGCACGGUAGAUAUUCACCUGGCAUUUCUUUUGUAUUUCACAUUUUCCUUUUGAUUGAAUCAAUUGAACUGACACUUUUCGCCUGAACUAUGUUUAUGAUUAGGGCCAAAGUAUUUCAUUUUUUUUACUAGAUCUAGCAAGUAGCACUUCUCCCCUCACACAAUCAUCAUUCUCCAAAAUCUCUUAAUCCUGUCUGUGUGCCACAACUGACAGCUUCCUCUUGGAACCUUGUUCAGUGUGAUUUUCCACUCUCCAGUACACUCCUCACCUCUUGCAAGCUGCACCCUCUCAUUUAAUACAUGGAUCCCAUUCCACACCACAUUUCUAAAGUCCUCUAAUCACUUACUAUUAUUUUUAAUGUUGAUUAUGAUCACCAUCCAUAUUCUGUGUGUGAUCCUCUAUUCACCUCUCCUCUCCCCCUCCCACACAUCCCCCAAGUUUUACUUUGUUUAAUCUCCAGUCUGCUACUUGCCAUACUACUAUGCUCUGUUCCGCAAAACUGUGUCAGGUGAUUUGCAACAUGCCACAUUUUACCUUUGCCAACUUCAUUUUACGAGAUGCUGUCUUUUGCUUCAUUACUUGAGAUCUUGACCUCUCAAGCAAGCAUGCAAAUAAUGAAAAUCAUAGUGGAAUCAGUACAACUAAUCUGCAUACUUCUUCCAGGUCUGUGACUUUCCAAGUACUGAAGUCUUUGAAUCCGCAUUUAAAUGAGGCCCCAAAUAUUAAUAUUACAUUUUACACAUAGAGUAGCAUGAAGCAGUAAUGAUUUGACUAUUUCAUAAACUAUCUUUCAGGGCCAGUUUAUACCGGGAUUGUACGGGAACACAAGCAAUCCCAUGCUGUGUAUUUUGACAGCACGUUCAUUUUAAUGAGCUGCAAAAUGCACUGGACCACAGAAAAAAAAUAUAAUGCUUGAUCGCAAGGGCAGUUUUUCCACCUGCGGUGCUGGAAACUCUCACGGAAUGCUUCUUUACUGAACUGCAUUUGGUGUGUCAACUGGCCCUCUAAUCGGACUAAAAUCCCUAAGUUUCUAUCCUUCCAAAUCUUUACUGGCCCUUGCUCUGAUGUGCUUAGUCAUUUGUUUCUUAAGCAACCGUUUAAGAUUAUGCUCUGGUUAUGUGGGGGUUUUUAUGCAUGUUUCAGGCAAAUGGUUCUUUGGUAUCUUUCCCACAAAAAAAAAAUAAUCUGUGAAGCCUUACAGCAUAUUUCUCCAUCUUACUGUCUUUUAAGUCUGUGAUUGUAUACUGUUAAUUGUAAUUUACAUCCACAAAAUAUUCUGCUGGGUAAUCUAUGUUCAUUGCAAGGAUUUUAAGAAACUUUUGCAGAUUUACCCCCAUUUUCUGAAGGAAUAACUGUUUGUAUCACCAUGUUCUUUCCAGGCUGAAUUCUAAUUGGGAGUGUGCGUUCAAUAUAGCCACCAAGUGAAAUCUUAUGGUUCCGGAGAGGAAAUCUGCAAAUCUUUACUACUAGUACCAUGUUUUCAAACGGUUGCAUAUUGACUGUAGCAUUUGUAUCCCUGAAUCUAAAAAUGUUCAGACUUGUGUUUUUUAAAAUAGCCCACUUUUUACCCAUUUGGGAUGGUUUAAUAACAGGUAAGCAAAGUGGAGUAAUCAAUACAACUUUCAUUGGUCAGACUUGCAGUGACAUGAUUUGGCUGCUACAUCCCUUUUGAACAUCAUUGCUUUUUGCACUGUUAUACAAGUCUGAGGUUUUUAUUUUUUUACAGCUAAGACUACUUCAUGGAUAACAUAAAUAAAUACAGCAUCCAGCUGUGUUAACUUGACCUCUCCUAACCUGUGGCCAUGUCUUCAAAACCUGGAAUCCUUCUCUACAGAACAUUACUCUCUACUUACACACAGCUCAUUUCUCACAAGCCCUCUCUGGUCACUUCUCCAAAUGAGUAUUCCCAACAUAAUACUCCCAAGUAGUCCUCCAUUCAAAGCUUUAUGAUAAGAAAUGGAAUGCUUCCAUGUACCAUCUUCAGGCCAUUCAUUGAUACUCCUCACCUCCCAAAAUUCGUGUCUGCUUUUUUAAAAGAUCUCAUCUCUCUCCUGUCCAAAUGGUCAACUCCUCAAAUCCUUGUACACUGUGCUCUUGAAUGCUCUAGUACACUGCACCUCUCACAAUCUCUGCCCCAUCAUUUUAUACAUGUGAUCCCCUGCAUGUCACAUCUCUCAAGUACUUGGUCACUUAAUAUUAAAUGUUUUGGUCACUCCAUUGUUCUCACCUGCCGUAAUCUGUGUAUGUUCCUCCACAACCUCUCCCUGACAGACCUCCAACAUUUUCCUCUGUUUACUCUUCUGCAUAUACUCUCCUUAGUUACUUCAAAUUGUCUGCUGAUCUGCAACAUGCCAGCCACCUUCCACACAGAAAGUCUGCUCCUUCACAGAUGUUUACUCAUCACCUUCCCACUAAAAUGUGCUUCUCCUGCCAUGAGGGUCUUGUAUGUCAUUUCACUUUCUCACCCCAACUGUGAUCUCAUCUUCAGAUCCUUUGGCAACUCUCUAUUGGACCCUUUACCACUCUCAUCUCACGCCAACUAUUGUCCUUCAGUUGUUCCACUCAUUUGUAAUUUGUUUAACCUGUGACCCUAACCUUUUGUACACCUGUCCACUCCUCCUUGGAUCCUUGGUCAACGGUUUCCUAUAUCUGCCACACCUCAUUUCUCAAAACCAGCUCUCUACCCUCAGAUUCUUAAUAGUUUACUCUUUGGUCUCCUGGCCAUUCCACUUCAUCUUGCACCAUCUUACUCCGUGCUGUGUUUAUGCUUUUUACAUGUAGUAACAUGAGGUCCUCUGAGUUGCUUAGCUUAAAGGGAGGAAUGGGAUUGCCUCACUGUUUUGAUUAGGAUGCUAGGAGAAGGUUUACAUGUUGUGUCCUUUGUUUACAGCAGGGUGGAGUCCUUGUAAAUUUUGCAGUGUACACUUUAUUUUCACAUGUUAAAUUCUUAAACUCCCGGGCUAGUUAAUGCAUCAGUUUGACAUUUUUUUUUUUUUUUUUGCUAAGACUACUUGACAGAAAUGCCACAGGAUGCCACCCGUUUAUGUUUUUGUUAUGUACAAUAUCAGAUGGCAUGUGUGUGUUUCGCAUUAACCCAAAUACUGUUUUGUAUGUUACAGAGUUGUAGACAUCAUGAGCAAAUCAUUGAUGCUUCCCACUCAAGUACAAUGUACUUUUUUCCUCCAGAAUUGUGAGAACAUUCUUGUAUUUUUAACAAGUGUUUGUUGAGUAAAAAAAUAAAGUAUAUUUCUGAAA